AUGGGUAGUGGGCAUCUGUCUGAGUUUGAUGCUUCCAUGCACUACUCGGGGUCUGAUACUCCCUUUGCUGUUCUCCCUUUCCCCCGCAUCGACUUCAGAAACGAUGCUAGUCUCGACAUUGACCAGGACUUGGACUUGUCUUGUGUCAGCUGUUUCUCAAAGCUGGCUGAGGAUGCAGUUAGGAGCGAAGAAAUCUCAGUUCUGAUCACUGGAAAGCCAACCCUCAAGGUGCAAGCACUGCCCACUGCCCAUCUGGACAUUCAUAAAACGGUGACUUUGCCAGAAUUCAUGAAGCGUGACGACGCUUUCAACGUUACCAAGCUUGAUCUUAUAAAUCCUCGUACAAACGAUGGGUACAAUGUAAACGCCACCAUUGUCUUCAAUACCCCAGCCGCAAUUAGUGUUGAAAUGGUAAGUUGUGAUUCCACUCCGACUAGCAAGCUUUUAACGGAUGAAACGUUUCUUUUCACCGAUUGA